UAGAUUAGGCACGGAACUAUUUCUCGCGCGGGAAGAUCAGAAGGCGCUUUGGAUCUGUAUUGAAGUUUGCAUUUUUGAAUCUGCCAAACCGAAUAUAUAAAGCAUUAUAAUUUUGUUGAUCCACUUCGUAUUUUGAACAUGUCUUCAACGUCGAUCUCUUUCUCAUGCAGCUCCGGUACUACCUUUUUUGAAGAAGAUCCUCAGGUUCAAGUUUUGUCCCACGACGACCUAGACAACCCGAGUAGUUGUAGCCGGGGAACAGGCAGGAGCAGUCGCAGUUCGCAACUCCGCCUUUUUAGUGCAAGAACAUCUUCAAGUUUAUCCUCCUCGUCAUCAAGUCCCCCGCAGCACGCAGGACGAAAAAACCGCUGCAGCGCAAUCCCGGGUACUCGUUCGAGAAGUAGGUCUUCUCUUUGCCGUCGUGGGAUCAGGACCACGACCCGCCGGGCAAUUAUCGCUGCAGAAGAUUUUCUACCCGCUCGAGCCGUAUGUUCCACUUCAGCCCGCAGUUCGUCCUCCUCCAGUGGGUUUGUUUCUACCAGCACCAAAAGGAACUCCUUUGUUGCGACGAAGAGAAGAAGAACUAGAACACCACCGCCACCACCAGCAUUUUUCUUGCAAGAACUACCCCAGAGAAGAAGUAGUUUUACUUGUGCUCCCGUAGAUAAGAAUUCGGCGUCGACAGCGAUGCAGCAAAUGAAUUAUGUCGAGGUGGAAGAUGAAACCAGCAGUAAUGAUGGCAACUUGAACUACUUUACCAACACCAUCCCUUACCGCCGAGAAAUGACCGCGCGACACGGCGGCUCUGCGAGGAGAACACUACGGAAUAAUAAACUCGCCAGCGUGCUCACGACGCUCGUGCUUUCGUCCACUUUGCUGGUUGAGGAGCAAAUAACCCUGGUCCAGAGUCGGCGCGCGCCGGUGGGGACAAACUCGAAGGGCGGGGCGUGUUUUGGAGCCUACGUCUGCCCGGCGCUGCGACUAGCGGAAGAUCGCCCGGUCGUGUUGCACCUGCCAGCCUCCAAGGCACAAUGGAAGGCUGUCGUGGAGUCUGGCUCUCAGGGGUUGACAAGUACUCACUUACUCGAUCGUUUUGAAGAUUGCUUUGUGUGAUGACAACGAGGCCCAUAGACGACCGUUCUAGUGUUAGUGAUGUAGCGGUGAUCGUGAUGUUAUAAACAAGACCGAUGUAGAAAGAAGAAAACUAGAUUUUUGACUGCAAAGCCUUCCAAUGUACUAGAUUUGCGAGCGCCUUUAGUCGGAUAGCACCUACUAGCGCUUCUGCCGUUUUCGUAGUUUUAAAUUGUGCUUGCACAACAACAUCGACAACGCAGGAACCUCUUCUUCCUACCUGAGCCAGCCGAGUCAACAGCCAAAGUCGCUGAGUCGCACCGAGUCGCUGCCGGCUUCCUCUAUCCUGUCGGGGUCCACCAAUUCCGGGAGCCACCAAAGUCUGUCCUCCCUUGAUUCCACAAAUAACGGCGGGGGCACGACGACCUUGGUCACCGAGGAAAGGCUGAAACAGAUCAGCAAGGAGUUGGAUGACAGCGAGUCCGCACCGAUGCCGGAGCUCCGGCCCGGCCAGUACCUGCGCGCACGCAUGCUGCAGCGGGUGCCCGGAGUGCGGGAGGCGGAGGUGCCGCAAGCCCUGCCGACGCUGCGAUCCAAAUUGCUCACCGUGGAAGACUCGCAAGUGUACGGGAUGGGUGGAGGUUCGGGCGACUUCCUGGGGGGAGGGGGUUCCGACCUAGAUAUCGACGACCUCAACUCCUGGUCGCGCCAAACCACACCCGGGUCAGACGCCAGCAAGAGCAGACCCAAGGGCGCAGCGAAGGUACAUCAAAACUUUAAAAGCGCAAAAUCAUGAGAAGUGCCGGUCGCAUCUUCACUAAAUUUUCAUCUAGGAAGAUAUGGAUCGUUAACGCCAGCGAUAGGACCAACAAAGAAUCAGUUGAAAAUCACUUUUCAUCGCGCUUAUCAACAAAAAUCUGUAUUUCUUUAUCCCAGGUCGGCUCUACCGCGAGCACUGGUUCCGCCGCCCGGAACCGCCCGCGCUGGAAGUUUUUCGUCUCGGAGAGACUUGUCAACGGUGAGCGGGAUAACACCGCCGGGCUCGGGGGGCGGCGCGGGGUGAUGUCCUGCCUCGCCCCGGACGUGAUUCUCCUGUACCCUAGCUUCUACGGACUAAUCGAGCAGGUGCGCGUGGCUAUCAAAGAGGAGCGGUUGAACAAUUGCGGCAGCUUUAUCCAGGACGACGAUGACCUGAAUACCACCCUCAAGGAUGGCUGCAACGUCGGCGUUUUGAAGGGACUCGGGAAGAGUUUCCGCCGGAUGUUCACCUCGAAUGGAAGCAGCGCCAACCCUGGAGUUGGAGUAUGUAUUGCAAGAUUAUCGUACUAGCAGAAAAAAUAGCAUUGCAAAUUUUUCCAGAAGGAAAAAUGGAAGUUGUAAUGCUGAAUGAGCUGAGGAACCAGAUUUGUCAUGCGUGACUGCAAUUACUACGAGUGCGAUUCUUUUGCAAUGCAUAUGGAGAUUCCGUCAGCAACUGCGAGACGCGGUGCUCGUCCGGCUACGCUUCCUCGUCCGGCAGCCCGAAUUCUAUCCGCCCCGCCAUGAGUCCCUACGCGCGUUCGCUGGGCUCGGGCCCGGGGCCGCUGAGCCUAGAUCAGGGCUCUGGGUUCUCGUCGCCGACGUCGAUGGUGGGUGGCAGGAGCGAUUCCUUCGCGACGAGCACCGACUACAUGGGCGCCUCGAGGUAUGACAGUGCACAACUCCCCCUCCCCCUCAUUUGUCAUGCAAAAUACCCAAUCCACCCUUUGCCUCUUGGCACUGUUUGCAUGAGAAGUUCUGGUCGCCCAAAUAGCACUACACUCCACUGCAAAUUUGUCAUGCAAAACCGGCACUCUUGCUGAUGCUUGUAUUGCCGUUCAUGCUACACAAAUGUGGGGGAGGGGGAGUUGUGCACUGGCAUAUGAGGUCCGAUGUGAUCAAGUGCAUCCGCGACCCGGAGCUGACACGAAGUAUGCGGGACCAAGGCAGUCUGCCCGAGCACAUGUUGGACACCACGCACCGAGGCUUGAUGGACGUCCUUCCACCGGAAGCCGCGGAGGAGUUCGCGAAGACGGGGAACUGGGUCUUCGUGCAGGAAAGUGGUAUAUCUAUAAAUGAAUAACGGUUUUUAAUACCUCGUGAACGAGGGGGUCCUUCCAGCAUACUUAAUUUCUAUUCCCGGUGGUCGUGUUACUGUUAAACGUAGUUAAGGAUGUUGAAAUGAUACGUGACAAACUUUUUUUUCGUGAAACACACUAGACCUCGGCCUUUCCCUCGCCACCAGCGGGUCCUCCACGCCCGGGGGAGCGUUGACCGCAGGCGGCAGCGCGAUUGGGACCCCGACCGACGACUGGUCGCGCGGCAGCACGCCGGUGCAAAUGGCCAUCAUAUGAACUGCAAAAGUAUCGUACUAGUCGAAACGCAUUACAAAUUUCCUCAGCAUGAGAAAUAAAAUUUGUAAUGCGGAUUUGCCUCAAGAAAAAGAUUUGUCAUGCAAGACUUGCAUUUAUACGAGUACGAUACUUUUGCACGGGAUACAUCACGGGGUUACUCGACGACCCCGCCACGGUCCCCGUAUCCUGAGAAAAAACGCCCCCACCCCAUAGUCAAGAUGGGGAUCUCGCAACACAAAUCGAGAAGUUUUGGGAAUCAAGCAUGACAAGUUCCUCUCUGUAGUGUCGUGCAGUUUAGCAAGUACAGCCGCAACACAAAUCCAUCUAGUCAUCCUGUUUACAGCAUUACAAAGUCCAAAACACGAUUGGAAAUGCAUCUCAUGGGGAUGCGCAUUACAAAUCUUCCUCUGACUGCAAAUCUGCAUGACAAGUAUGGGGUGGGGACGUUUUUACUCAGCAUAACCCGGUGCGGCACCCCAUCCUCUCGCCGGCGACCGGUUUUUGAUGGACCUCUACAGCAGCAUGACCACCACCGACGCCGAUAGCGACGACCAGAUGGUGUUUUUCCACAAUCUCCCCUCCUCCGCCUCCCGCCAGAGCAUGCAGUGGGCCUGGGACCAGUGGAAGCAGUUCAUUUACGGGACGAUGACUCAAUCCUCACUGGCGGGACUAGCAGGAGGCGCAGCUGCACACCAUAGUACUAACGCGUUGCAGCCGGUCAGCACGCUCUACCAGCGACAAACCACCGACCCGGUUUCGCUCUUUGCGCACGACUACGUCUUCGAGUUAGAGAACGAGUACGGGCACUGUCGCGGACUCUACACCUGCGACGCCUCGCGCCGGGAUCUGGAGCGGAUCUACGGGCUGGCGCACCCCAACGCGGGGGUCGGGACGUACCUGGACAAUCGGAUCCGGUUUCAGCUGCAGAUUCCCGAACAGAUCGCGGUGGGCGCAAAGAAAGAGGCCGGACGGCUGGCCAGCGACGCGCAACUGCGGGCGAAGCCGGGGUUUCCGCUCAAGGCCGGCGAGUACAUCGAAUUGGAGGUGAAUCGUCCGGCGAUGUCGACCAGUGUCGCGCACGGCACGAACGCGCUGGACGAAGAUAACUGGACGCUGAUAGAUAUCCUGUGUAAAAACGUCCCCACCCCAGAGUUGUCAUGCAAACCUGCAUGCUCCAAAUGUUUGUCAUGCGGAGCACCAUCCGAAGCAUUUUCUGGUUGUGUUUUGGAAUUUGUAAUGCGCCAAUGAGCAUGGUAUACUAGAUCUGUGACGCUGCUGAACUACCUCAAACAGCGCUACCCUGCGAUCCCAAAUUUGUCAUGCAAAACAGCCAAAACUCGCGGACUUGUCUAGCCGAUUCCCCAUGUUGACUAUGGGGUGGGGAUGUUUCUACAUAGGAUAAUAGAAUCCGUGCUGGACUACAAACUGCCCCCGGAGGCGAAGAUUUCCGCGGUGGCAGAGGCAGAAGAGUCGAGACUGCAGAAAUCCUCAAGAUUUGCAUCCAGAAGCCCGACGGGUGACGAGUUAUCCUCCGCGCAAUCGCGCACGAUCGACCCCCGCACGUUUCUCGACGCGACGGAGUGGAAACGGGGAAUCGCGAAGAGGUCGGAUUACACGUCGGGUAGUACAAGUAGCGACCAAAGCGGCUCCUCGCCUGUUGUAGUCGGAGGAGGUAGAAAUACACUGGUUGGACAGCAGUCCUCUUUCCAAUUUAGAAAUGAAGGUCAAGCUUCGCCUGGAAGUGAAACUCCAAGACGACGGGAGCGCACCGUGGGGAGCUACGAGCGGCGUGGUCUAAUAUCCGAGGAUAGCAAAAAUCUGGAUUCCUUGACGGCGAAAUUUAGCAACCUCGCAGUUUCAACAGACCAGACAAACCAUCCAUCGUUAAAUAAAAUCGCCCCCGCGGUUACCGCCCUUCCCGAACUUGCGGUCGAUAUUCAGCGCUCUAUUGUUUUGAGCGAGGUGGCGCUGCAAAGACUGCCUGGUAGUAGUUCCUCUGUUGGGGUAGACCACAUGGCAUCAAGAUCGGCAACGGGACCCCCGAUCGGAAUUGGGCGGUCGGUUAACCUCGUUUCCCCUUGGGAAUCCGGCCGUCCGCUGCAGUGGGGGAGCCACAGCAUGGUCGGCCCCGAGAGCCAGAUCCCGGACGCGCCCAAAAACCCGAUCACGCGGCUGCACAGCGCGUUAGCGCGGGCGUUUCGGUACGACCGAAAACUGCACCUAAAACAGAGCUCGACGAAAUUGCUGUACUGCACAAACUCCGAUGUGGUCAUGCUCUCCGCGGCGACGAUUGGCGGCAUGACCGGCUUCCUGCCCUUCCAGAAGCCCGCGUACUCGAAAGUUGCCGCACCCAGUGGGAGUAGUCCGCUGAGCGCGCACUCGGUGUCGGAAAGAAGCGCCACGUCGAGUGGGGGCACUCCGACCUCUACUACUUCCUCGCAAAACCUGGGCGCGGCCCUGGAUUUGAGCACCGACAGCCUGCGGCGAAGGGGGGCAGCGAUGACGAAGAACAAAAAUGCGGCUGCGUUAAUAACAUCGAAAAGCCGCACGAGCAGUACGUUGUCUAGUAGCAAAAACUCACCGGCGGAUGAAUCCCCGGUUGACGACGAGGAGGACGGGUUGAUGUCCAAUCCAAACUACCGUGGACUCGGCGACACCUUUCGGCGCGGCAGGUACUACGACACCAUUGUGGAGGCGCGGAAGUCACGUGCGCGGUCCGUGCCGCCGCGCGCCCUGCAGGAGAAGUCCCAGCGCUUUCGCGUGGACCAGAAGUUGCGCAGCACCGCACCCCUGAUCCAGUGCCGGCGGGAGCAACCUGCGAAUUUUUGCGCCGGCCGGUACCGCUGCGGGCUCGAGCCGGUGCCCGUGCACGCAAACGCCGACGACGAAGGGACGACGAAUCCGGGCGACGGUGCGGCCUGGGACAGUCCAAAGCGCUCCCUGGUCCGGGUACCACGGGACCUCGAGGGGCAGCUACUCAACACGUUUGACAUCGUAUCGCAAGAAAAAAGUGUUACAGUUACACAUUGUGUUGCAGGCCAAGCAAGACAGACAAGCUCUGUCAUGCCGGAUAUGCAUAGGGGCCUCGUUUCACAGGCGUUUCCCCGUAGGAUUUCUGCAUUACGAGUUUUCUCUCCCAUGCAGAGAAAUUUGUGUUGCUGAAUUGACUACAAAUGUGUAACUGUAACACUUUUUUCUGUGUGAUACAUCGUGAUCCCGGAGUACCACCAAAUGGCGGACUUGAAAGAGCAAGGUAAAAAUUAUGUGGACCCGAAUGAUUUCAAUAUGCAACAUGAACAUAAGCAGUUGGUUCAUCUUUUGCGACGACGUUUUUACGCACCUCCUUUUUGAAUUCAAAAUCGCCCGAUAUUUAUUCUAUUUGAAUCUUCAGGUAUUCAUCAGCAUCACACCGAUAGCCUGCCCCGUGAGGUGGCGUAUCAGGAGGGAGCCAGGCUGAAGGUCGGGGACUUUCUGACCGUCGAAGUUGAGGACAGCUACGGCAAGGCGCUGGCAUAUCCUAUGUAAAAACGUCCCCACUCCAUAGUCAAGAUGGGGAAUCGGCUAGACAAAUCCACGAGUUUUGGCUGUUUUGCAUGACAAGUUUGGACACGUAGAGUAGUCCUGUUUGAGUUAGCCCUGUAGCAUCACAGAUCUCGCACAUCAUGCUGAUUGGAGCAUGGCAAAUUCCAGAGCGCAGCUGUAAAAUGCUUCUCAUGGGGCUCCGCAUGAGAAAGAUUUUCAGCAUGCAGAGUUGCAUUACAACUACAGUAUAAGGUGGGGAGGUUUUUCAAUACCAUAUGGCAUCUUCCCAGACUCUAGAGACGACUGGCGGGGCCGACCGCGCCGUGGCCGCGGCCACCGGACAGUAUCCUGUGCAAAAGUAUCGUACUCGUAUAAAUGCAAGUCUUGCAUUACAAAUCUUGUUCCCAAGGCAAAUCAGCAUGACAAAUUAUAUUUCACAUGCUGAGUAAAUUUGUAAUGCAUUUAUACGAGUACGAUAGGAUGCUUUUGCAUUUCAUAGACAGGAAAAUAAAGCAAAAGCGGCACAUCAGAACGACGCGCGGUACUGGCGCCGCGUGAAGCUGGAAAAGCUAGCACAGUCGCGCCAGCACCGGAAUGUGCGGGCGAUGAGCAUCGGCGUCUUUCCGUCGGCAACCAAAAUGCAGGUGACGGAGAGCUUUGCCCACCGGACUCUGCAGGAGGACCAACUGCGGGAUUUGCUGUCGAAAGGUACUGGCGUGCUGGCCUCGCCGAGACAGCGGAACGGGCUGAAGUCGGAAGACAGCCGGGUGCGAUCCAUGGGCAGUAAAGAUACGAAGCUCGGUACUGAACAUGGACUUGGUUUUAUUAUAGCGCGGGAUAAUUCGCCGUGCUGGUACAACGUAGCGGUACAACACAAAGGAUCUCAGCCGAGCACUUCUGCUAGUAGAAGAUAUUCACCUGUUCAUUUUGAAAAUCAAAAAUCACAACGACCAAUACACCUCAGGUCGCUCGUGGCUGAAGUGCGACUCCUCGAUGGAGGUAAAACUCGGUGGGAAGGCCUUGAAGCUGCUGUUCGAGCGCAACUUUGGGCCUCGCCUGGCCAGCUACCCGGUGGACGUGGACCACACGGACUCGCAGGAGGUUACCUGCUACAAAAUCAUCGACCGGCGGAUAUUUCCCACGCCGGAGGCGUAUAAGAACUUCGGGGUCACCACGGUAGCGGAGGAGAAAGAAAAGCAACCACCCCGGAGAAGGACCGAUUCUUCGGACCCAGACGACCCCAUGAGCGGGGGCGGCGGACCAGGAGGGCCAGGGUCGGCAAACGGCUCCUUCGGAGGUGGAUCGGGGUCCUUCGGUGGAGGUUCUUCUGGUGGUGGGAACAGUGGCUCGUUCGGGAGAAGGAAUUCCAACGACAGCAAUAAUGGCGGUGGUCACAACUCCGAUAUGCAGGAAAAAAACAUUGUUAGCUGUAAGUUUGUGAUGCGCAACACGUAGGAUGAUUGCGUCUGUCAUGCUGGAUAUGCAUUGCAGGGUCCGUUCACGCGCGUUUUGGCCUGCUAUCUGCGCAUGACAGGUUUCUGCUCUCAUGCCAGCCAGGCUUGUAAUGCUGAUCCGCCAAAAAAGUUACACCUACAAUCUUUUUUUGUUGGAUAUCCGGCGGAGCUUUUUCCAGAUCCCUCCCGAGCAAGAGCAGGUCUGGCUUCGGUUCAUUUCCGAGAGCAGGAGCAGCUGGUCAUCCUGGUGCGUCGCCGCGCGUGAUUGGCAGUUCCUUUUCGGAAGAGAGUUUAGCCUCUACCGCAGCAUCAACCACGGCAUCAGUUUCGGUCUCCGCAGCCGGGUCAAGGUUGGGCAGCAAGACGAAUUACGCAGGAGGUGGCUCCGCCUUCUUUCCGGCAUCACAGGAAGUAGAUUUGGUCGCAGGUGGAGGGACUACGUCGAGCACUAAGAAGUCCGUGCGCUGGGACGAUAUAAAAAAGCCGCCACGAGCAGGUGCACAACAAGGGGCGGGGCUUGAUUUGAAUCCUCCUUCCAUGUUAAGUACGAGAGGACUACUCUACCCGCAAGACCACGACGACUUUCUCGACCAGAUCAGCACGUCCGACGAGGAUAACGACAAUUUUGACAACAAGUCGCGAAGCCGGCAGAACUCCUUGUCCAACAUGUGCUCGGCGGGUCCCUGCAAAAUUAUCCAGCGACGGAGGUUGCAGAGCGAACUGCAAUAUGCAUUGCAAAAGUAUCGCACCACCAUCAUAAAUUGCAAAGUACAAAUCGGCUCAGCAUUACAAAUUCAAUUUGUAGUGCGGAUUUUUUUACCGUGACAACCUGAUUUGUAAUGCGCAGCUGCGAUUGCAUUAGCACGAGUGCGAUACUUUUGCAAUGGAUAUGCAAAGGCGACUCGAUGACCCACCGCUAUUUGGGUACACGGACGAAGACCGGCAAAAGGACCAGGAGGCCUUGCUGAGGCUCGGGCUAACCGCAUGA